CGAUAUAUAGGGCCAACGAUAAGUUGCAAGAAAAUCAUUACAAAUCAGAUAGUUUAGCAAGCUGAUAGAAUUCACAUACACCUUACAAAUGCUAUCGUUUGAGUUAUAAACGUCAAAAUGAAACUUUACUGCAUUUCAAUAUCGCUAGUCUUUGUAAAGCUGUUGGCAAUAGUUACAGCGGACUAUCGGACGUCAAUUUUCGUUACAAACUUACACAUUAAACUAGCUUUUGAAACAAAUGCUGCUGGAUUUCGGAAUGUAGUUAAACAUCUUAUUAAUGGAUAUAUAACGAUGGAACAAAUUUCUUUGAUGUUAGCUAUACCGGAAUGUACAAGAGCGUAUGCUGAGUUUCGCGACUUACAAGAACCAUAUUUAAUAGCUGAACAGGAAAUAUUGCAAGGAGUAAUAGUGCAUAUUACAGGUAUCCCUGUGCCUCAACUCGUAGGCAACGAAGAUAUUGAAAAUCAUACAUUAGAUUGGCUAGGACAUGCUAGAAGACUUAUAACAAGUGAAGUUACGACAUCUUUAGCUUUCGAUGCCAUAGGUGUAGUCGGAAGCGAACUAGUAAUUCGCGAAGAUUUUACCAAGUUGUGUCGUUUAAUAGGUUUGUUCAGAAGUAUAAAAUUCCCAGAUUCAUUAAUACAAUUUGCUGAAGUUGACAUUUACGGUACUUGUAGCUUAACUACAAUUGAUGGAAGAGAAUACAAAUAUAGACGUUUUAGUGGCAUAACCGUGGAAGUACAACUCUUUAAUAUUACAAAAGUAGUAGAACUCUUUAUUGUACAGUUAAACAAUUGGUAAUAUAGACGAGGAAUCGUAGCCAACUUUUUAAAUAUUGUAUAGUAGUGUUGUUAUUUUGCACCAAUAAUAUUUAUAUGCCGCACUUAAAAUUAAAAUUAUCAAUAAUUACAAUAUAUAUUUUAUAAUAUAUAAUUUUGCU